GUUCCGGGUUUCCUCUUCCUCGCGCCCCGCCCGCCCGCACGCCCUACCGCAGCUACAUCCUUUUCCUCCCUGGGUCUGUCUGUCCUGCACAGAGUAAUCCCCGUCCAUCUGUCCGCUCUCUGCCCGUCUGCAGCGCAUCUGCCCGUCUCUUCUGACUCCGCCCCGCAUCUGUCCGGAACCACCUCGCGUCAGAGCUGGCCCAGUGCGCGUCUGCCACUCAGUCCCUCCGGACCUGCGGCGAAUCUCAGGCUGCCGAAAUCACCGCGCGUCAUUCGCCUCAACGGUGAUUCUGAGUCUGCUUUUAGCUUCCCUGGCCUUGGCUUUUUCUGCUCCUGAACAGCUGCUUGGCCCAUAUCUUAGAGAAAGCAGUCUUUUUUUUUUCUCUCCCAAGAGAGGUUCUUUUCUGUGUUCAGAGAAAUGGGGAGUGGGGAGCCUAAUCCUGCUGGCAAGAAGAAGAAGUAUCUCAAGGCUGCCCUUUACGUGGGUGACUUAGACCCAGAUGUCACUGAGGACAUGCUGUAUAAGAAGUUCAGGCCUGCUGGCCCUCUGCGCUUCACCCGAAUCUGCCGUGACCCAGUGACCCGCAACCCCCUGGGCUAUGGCUACGUUAACUUCCGCUUUCCUGCAGAUGCUGAGUGGGCCCUGAACACUAUGAACUUUGAUUUGAUUAAUGGGAAACCAUUCCGCCUUAUGUGGUCUCAGCCAGAUGACCGUUUAAGAAAGUCUGGAGUUGGAAACAUAUUCAUCAAAAACCUAGAUAAGUCCAUAGACAACAGAGCCCUUUUUUAUUUAUUUUCUGCUUUUGGUAACAUUCUUUCCUGCAAAGUCGUAUGCGAUGACAAUGGCUCAAAAGGUUAUGCUUACGUGCACUUUGACAGCCUGGCCGCUGCCAAUAGGGCCAUCUGGCACAUGAAUGGAGUGCGACUCAACAACCGCCAAGUGUAUGUUGGCCGAUUCAAAUUUCCAGAAGAGAGGGCAGCUGAAGUCAGAACCAGGGACAGAGCAACUUUCACUAACGUUUUCGUUAAAAACUUUGGAGAAGACAUGGACGAUGAAAAACUGAAGGAAAUUUUCAGUGAAUAUGGGCCAACUGAGAGUGUUAAGGUAGUGAGAGAUGCCAAUGGAAAAUCCAAAGGGUUUGGAUUUGUGAGGUAUGAGACACAUGAGGCUGCCCAAAAGGCUGUGCUAAACCUGCAUGGGAAGGCCAUGAAUGGUAAAGUCCUGUAUGUAGGGCGAGCACAAAAGAAAAUUGAACGUUUGGCCGAGCUAAGGAAAAGAUUUGAAAGACUGAGAUUAAAAGAAAAAAGUCGGCCUCCUGGGGUGCCUAUCUAUAUUAAGAAUCUGGACGAGACCAUUGAUGAUGAAAAGCUGAAGGACGAAUUUUCUUCCUUUGGAUCAAUUAGCAGGGCCAAAGUGAUGGUGGAAGUGGGGCAAGGCAAAGGGUUUGGUGUCGUCUGCUUCUCCUCUUUUGAAGAAGCAACCAAAGCAGUAGAUGAGAUGAAUGGUCGCAUAGUAGGCUCCAAGCCCCUGCAUGUCACCCUGGGCCAGGCCAGGCGCAGGUGGUAAAAAUAAGAAUACGCAAUUUAUUUCAGCCUUAAGCUGGUGCCUACUUAGUUUGGGCUACUUUGUGAUAAGAGAUUAUUUUAUGCCCAUUCACAGUUUUUUGGUUUGUUUUGGUUUUUUUGGUUUUUUUUUUUUUUUUGGAAUGGAAAGGAAUACUUUCUUCUGAAGAAAGUGAAACUAGAAAACCGUGUUCAUUUUGGUGAAGAACAUAAUUUUUAAUUGUGAAAUUGUCAUUUUUGUACUAUUUUUUGAUAUGAUAUUCUUGGGAAAAUGUGGAAUAAAUUUUAUUCCUUCACAUAUUUUUUUUUCUUAAACCUGUCAAGGUGAGGUCAUAGAUUGAAUAUAUUUACGUCCUUUCAGUAAUAGUACUAAAUUUAAUUACUUCUAUAAAAAUAGUCUCAAAAUGUUUCUUCUGAGUCUAUCACAGUGAAAACUUCUAACUUGGUAUCUGAAGCAUCAAUACAAUGGGGAGAAAUGUAUGUGACACAUUAACACUUGUGCAUAAUUUCAACUUAAAUUAUUAUUUAAAGUGAAUAUUCUUUUAAAAUGUGAUCUUCCUGACUAUUUAUUAAUGUUUUUUUUUUUCCUGUUAAUAUACUGUGUGCAUAUCUCAGACUGGAUAAUGGUUUUGACUAAUGUUGGAAAUUUUCUUUAUAAACUUCACAUCAAGAGAAGUAAACACAUAGUUUUUUUCUCAUAAGUACUUCAGAAAAUUAACACUUUAGACACUGAUAUUUGAAUUAUGUGACAUCUUAAAAAUCUCUUCUGAAAGAUUUGAUAUUUAAGGAGAGUUAACACUUUAGACACUGAUAUUUGAAUUAUGUGACAUCUUAAAAAUCUCUUCUGAAAGGUUUGAUAUUUAAGGAGAGUCUGAAGGGUACUAUUGGCACUAAUUUUACAUAACUCCAUGAUACAUAUUUCUGGACCAUAUUAAACUAACUAGAUGGAUAUCUGCACUGAAAUGUCUUUUCAAAUAAUUUAAAUAUUUUACCUUCAGCCUUUACUGUCAAAAUAAUGGUAUUGAAAAACUGCUUUGAAGAACAUCUAUUGAACUUGCCAUUAUACCUAUUUUUUAAAUCGGGCUAGAACUUGCCAUUAUAUCUUUUUUUUAAAUCCAUAAUAUGAAAACUAUUAAUCCAGUAUGAUUCUCUUAUGUCUGUCUGUUUGGAAGUUCUGACAAAAUGUUAUUUUCUAUAUUGCAGCUAUAUUAUUUAGCCCAUAAUUUCUAGAUUACAGAUUUUCUGUAUUUCAUUUACAGGUCCCUCUCCUCCCCAACCAUCUACUUUCUAUCCAUAUUAUAAUUACCUUUAUGUUUCCUUUGGAGUGCCUUUU